AAGAAAUAUAUGAAAAUAAUUUGAUUUAUAAAGUUUUUUUUUUACCAGAAUUUAACUUCGUUAACCAGUUUUGUUAUAAGUUUCAGUAUAAGAUUUUAAAAUGAAGUUGUUUCCGUCGUCCAAAUAUUGAAAAUUAAUAUUAGCCCCGGCUAAUAUUAUAAUAGUAAUGGAAGAUCUAAAUCCUUGGAACAGGGAUUCAAUAUUGGCGAAAUUUCAGGCUGUAACAAGUAUUGAUGAUUUUGAAACUUGCAUAUCUAUACUUGAACCAAAUGAUUGGGAUUUAGACAGAGCACUCACAUGUGUAUUUAAUGAAGACGAUAUUCACGCUCAAAGCAUAAAUUUUGAAGGAAGUGAUAAAAAAGAUGAAGUUGUUUAUCUUGAUUCAGAUGAAAUCCAUCAACUAAAAUUUAUUGUAUAUUAUGACAAUAAUGUUUGCAUCAUUGAAAUUUCAGAAAAUGAUACAGUUUCUGCUUUAAAGAGGAAGCUUUUUGUUCAGUGUGGAUUUCAAGAACAUAAAAUGAUAAUUGAAGGAUUGGUAGAGGACAUUGAAGAUUUAUCUGAUUAUACCAUUCUUUCUUCAUUAAAUUUAUGCAAGGAAACUAAAUUGUAUUUACAUAAGAAAUCAACAUCAAAUGCUGAAUAUGAUCAAAGUAAAACAUUUACCAACUCUAUUCCAAUCGUUGAUUUAGAAGAUAGUAGUGAUAUCACAUUAUUAAUACAAUACAAUGAUUUAAAGAGUGUUAAAGAAUAUAUAUUAAAGUUUAAACCAACACAAACAAUACAAGAUGUUAAAGAAGAACUGCUUUUUCUAACUAAAAUUCCUCCAAGUAAUCAAAUAUGGCAAGGAUGGCCUUCAAAGUGUUCAGAAAAGUCAAUGCUUGGAAAUUUAGACUUGAAACAACCAUAUCAACUCUAUAUGUCAAAAUGUGGGGAAACAUUGCCUUCAAGCUCAAGUACUUUGGAUUUUGAGGAACAUAUAAUCUCAGAUGAUGAUGAAAUAUUUGAAGAUGCUCCAGCAUAUGGUCACAAGUCAUUACCUUUAUUACCUCCUGACUCUAAUGAUGAUUCAGAGAGUAUGAUAAUAUUUCAACAUAGAUUUGAAGAGAGGUAUCGUGAUUCUCAUCCUGUGUUUUUUCUUGGAUCUUUGCAGGAGGCAAUGGUUGAAGCUGAGGGGAAAAAUAUUUUUGAGAGAAAACCUCUUUUAAUCUAUCUUCAUCAUGACCAAAGCGUGUUUACAAACAUAUUUUGCAGUCAAAUUAUGUGUUCAGAGCAAUUUGCAACAUUUGUUACUGAAAAUUUUGUUUUCUGGGGAUGGGAUGUGACGCACGAAAGUAACAAGAUAAAGUUUGUAAAUAUGAUGGUGCAGCAUUUUGGUGGUAUGUCUGUUUCUGCAGUGACUAAUUAUGAAGAAAGUGACUACCCCUUACUUGUAGUUGUCUCAAAGUCAAAAUCAGCUGCAGAAAUAUGUUUGGUAUUACAAGCUAAUACUUCGUUGGAUGAAGUCAUGUCUGUUGUUAUAUCUGCUUAUGAAACAGCAAAACAAUCACAAGAUAUUGAGCUUAAGUUAGAGAAUGAUCGUUUUGCUAGAGAUGCAGAAAAACAAGAGCAAGAUGCAGCUUUUUAUGCUUCUUUGUCUGCUGAUAAAGCAAAAGCUGCUGCAGAGCAAGCUCGAUUAGUUUUGGAGAGACAAAAAGAUCAGGAAGCUCAAUCACAAGAGAAAGAACGUAAAAAGUGCUUAGAAAAGCUUCCAACAGAACCAGGAGAAAAUGAACCGAACAUAACAAGUAUAUUAUUUCGCUUUCCUGGUGGAGAACGAGUAUCCAGAAGAUUUCGUGCAAAUGAAACUAUGCAGGUUAUGUAUAUGUAUCUAUCAUCAAAAGGUUUUAACAAUAAUAGUCAUCGAUUUGUUACAAACUUUCCUAAGCGGAUGUUUACUAACGAAUGCGUGGAUCGAACGUUUGAAGAAAUGAAACUUGUUCCUCGAGAGUCAAUAUUUGUUGAAGAAAUCUAACUUUAUUUUUCUAUAUCAUUUAUUAUUUAUACAUAUAAUUUAUUUGGAGUUAUUUGUAAGUUCCAGAAAAUAUUUUUUAAUAAUG